CUCCAUCUUUGUUGGAGUGGUAUGGAGUGAUACUCCCUUCUUUCUUCUAUGAUUGUCUCAGUCAAGAAUUAUAUUAAUAUUAAAAAUGCUUUGACUUUUCUGUUUUUGGUGUUAUGGGUUAUUCUGAUGCAUGCUGCAGAUAUUAUGAUGUGCUAUACAGGUCAUCUUGGAAUUAUACAGUUUCCAUUCAGCUUCCCACUGUUUUGUUGGCAUGUGAUAUUGAACCAAACUUGAGGUUGUAAGAUGAUGCCUAUUAAAAUGAUGAACCAAUCUUAAGGAAAAAUUGCAUUUUGUUUUGGGGCAUUGGAUCAGUUUCAAGAACAAGAAGUUCCAUUUUUUAGGCAUUCAUUUCCUGUGAUACUUGAUUGUAUUACAUUUAGAUGCAUUUCUUUUGGCAUUUGAGCUUGUUCAUUGUCCUAGCUGUGUUUAUUUGAGGGACCAAACUGAAGUUCACACCCGACUCCAUUUUUAACUCUCAAUGUGCAUUAACCUGUCCUGUUGUUUUUAUGGCUUGUGAGUGAAUGAAAAUUUUUGGGUGUUCAACUUUGUGACAAACAAGCUGGUUUCACAUUUCCAACAAUGCCAUAAAGGGUGAGGAUUAAUUUUUUCCUGUCAACUGUAUUAGGAAUGGUUAGAAAUUGGUGGAAUGUGAAUUGCAGUUUAUAUGUUUAUUAUAGUUCAAGAAAAAUAACAUGCUCUAUUAUCAUGAAGUGAAGAGAAUGGAUAUGAGAAGGAUGAAAAAUAAGAAGAAUUACUAGGAGCACGACAAUGGUGAUCUCUAGCGCAGCGGAAAAAAGCACAACUUCAGAAACUAAUGUUCAUUUUCUCCUAAGAGGCGGAUUACAUCCUGUUCAUUAACUUAUACACCUUACGAGUAGGGGUCAUUCUACUGGAUUUGAUAAGGGAUUGGUUAUGUGUACUUGGUAUCAUACUUUCUUGGGUACCUGGUGCAAUGGGGUAUGUUGCUAGUACGCCAUUUUUGGUCAUCCUGUGAUAGCUUUCACUAUUAUGUUAAGUAACGUAUACUUACACAUGCAGAUGGUCAUAGUGUAUUAAUUUUUAUUUUACAUUUGUGAUAAGAUUUCCACAGCGAACCGAUUUGGGGUUAGGAUUGAUAACUUUGAUUAGAGAAAAUAAUGAUAAUGGAAAGAGAAAGUCAUUAUUGCUAAUAGUUGCUCACUACUAAUAACAAAAGAUGCAAAGAGAAACUCUUUUAUAGUAGGGCACAACAAUUUUUGAAAAUGACUGAACUAUUCCCAACUCUAAAAUACUCUUAACAAUCCCUCAAACUCAUGAUCUGGUAGUAGAAAACUUCAAUGGUUUCCCAAGAACAAAACAAAAGUGCAUAAUAGUCAUGAAAUAUUGAAUUGUGUGCGAUCUGAAUUACACUUGUGUUGUUGCAAUACAUUGGGUUAGAAGUAGAAAAAGAAAUGUCAAGAUUAGUAAGUAACCAACUCAACUAGAAUAUCUCAGCUGUGGUGGAAGCCAUAGCAUGAUACUCAACAAUAGCAGAAGAACGAACGACUACAAAUUGACCAAGCGACAAAAUGACUAGUGGAUUUGCAAUCCGUAGAGUCGCCAACCAAGUCAGUAUCGAAGUAAGUGUUAAACAACUAUCUAAUCCAAAAGUUUAAGCUGUUAGGGAGUGUGUAACUUAGGUAUUUAUAUUUCAAUACACCCCUUCACGUGCAUACUAAUUUUUUGGGCCUAGCACGUAAAAAUAUUUUAAUCAUUAGGGUGGCGGCGAGAUUCGAAUAUAAGACCUCGUCCUCUGAUACCAUAUUAAACAAUUAUAUACUCUAAAAGUUUAAGCUGUUAGAAAGGGUAUAAAUUAAGUAUUUAUACUUCAAUAGUAAGCCCUAAGGUCCAAAGAAGAAGAACAACAACCUAGAAGUUUAGGGAUACACCCUAGCUGUUUAGAGCAGAACCCAGGAACACAGUGUCCAGAAAUAGUAGCUAAUAUAGAGACAAGCACAAAUUAGUUUCAAGAGUCUUCAAAUCCUUCAAUCAAGCACCACCAAUACUAAAUCACACCCUUUCAGAGAGAUGUAUGAAACAAUCUGUUUGUUUUGUGAAUUUGAGGUCACACUAGCCAUAGUCACAAGAAAGAAGCGCCGAACAACAAGAACAUAUGCAAUAUACCAAAUAACCAAAUCUAAUCAACCCAACGAAGCAAAAUUCAUCAAAUAAAUAGUGCAAAUCUGUAGCCCCAUGCAUAACCAGUGGCAAAAUCAGUCCAGACCAGAUUCAAGAUCCCAGUGCAAGAUCUCUGCCCAAAACAGAUUAGAAGAACACGAAAGAGCCAAGGAACAACUGAGAGGUGAAAUCGCUGGUGUACAGUUUAGUCAAGUACCAAGGCGUCUUAGUUGCACCCUUAGGGAGGGAUUCAAUUCAAGCAUCUGAUUCGACAGAAAAGGGGCAAAAUCUUCAUAUCGAACAUUUUCAAUCUACUUCUUGGAAAAAUAUUCAAAAAAUCAAAACCCUACUUAAGCAACCUCAAAAUCAAGAACCAAUCAUACCAGCAUGAAGGCCAUGAGAAAUUGAUCCAGAUAGGGGUUGCCAUUGCCCCUGUUUGAUGACAUCAUCAUGUGCAUAGGUGACGUCAACCACUGUUUUAACCCAGAUUUCUCUUCCGAUAAUUUUUUUUUAGGCUCUUUCGAUAAUGUACUGCGAUGCUAAUAGUGUUUAGGAUCGAAAAUCCACUUUGAUACCAUGAUGACUUUGAUUAGAGAAGAGAAUGAAAAGAGAAAAUAUUAUUACUGCUAUAGUUUGCUUACAAUGUUAAUCACAGAAGAUGCAAAAAGAAACCUUUUUUUAGUAGGGCAAAACAAUUUUGGAAAAUGAUUAAACUAUCCCUAAUACUAAAAUACUCUAACAAGGAUUACAAUUUGGGGUUGGAAAUUUGGGCUAUUUAGAACCCACCCCAUUUGGGGUCGUGCAAUCUAAUUUCUUUCUGAGGAUUUUUCUUUUCAUAAUUUAUAAUUGUUGAAGAAGUUAGUUGUGGGUUUAUCUCCAGUGCAUUCAAAUUUUAAAGGGUAAUGUCCUAGCUCUUUGGAAGUUCAACGGGCUUUAAGAAUCUCCAUAGUAUUGUUGAUUUGCAGGGGACAAGCUCUUGAAAGAGGUGUUAGGGCACACUAUGGAAUAUUUGGAAAAGAAUUUACACCAACAUCAUAGAUAUUAAUGCAGGAACGGUAUUUGGCGUGCUGUGUGAAGCUCAGUAUUUUCAGAAUGUCAUGCGUGUUGGCUACAGGCUAAGAGCAACUCUGCUAUACCGCUGGCAGCUCUUUUGGUUUUCUCUUAGGGUUGAGCUAGUCAAUUUGGGUCACCUCUCUUGCUGGAUCCAUAUGGUCAGCCCUAGCAGUGUUCUGCUGGGGCAGAUUGCUGCAGUAUUCCGCAAGUCUCUAAGGCUAACUCAUGAGAGUCGCAAAAAGUUCGCUUCUGGAAAAAUAACCAACUUGAUGACAACAGAUGCAGAAGCACUCCAGCAAAUAUGUCAAUCACUUCACACUUUGUGGUCAGCUCCUUUUCGUAUCAUAAUCGCAAUGGUUCUUCUUUACCAGCAACUGGGUGUUGCUUCACUUCUUGGUGCACUGAUGCUAGUUCUUAUGUUCCCGAUACAGACGUACGUGAUAAGCAAAAUGCAGAAAUUGUCAAAGGAAGGGUUACAACGCACGGACAAGAGAAUUGGACUUAUGAAUGAAAUUUUGGCUGCCAUGGAUACUGUGAAAUGUUAUGCAUGGGAGGGAAGUUUUCAAUCAAAAGUUCAGAGUGUUCGAAAUGAGGAGCUGUCUUGGUUUCGGAGCGCGCAAAUACUUGGAUCGUUUAACAGUUUUAUUCUAAACAGUAUUCCAGUUGUGGUGACUGUAAUUUCGUUUGGAAUAUUCAGUCUACUUGGAGGGGAUCUGACACCUGCCAGGGCAUUUACAUCGCUUUCUUUGUUUGCUGUGCUACGUUUUCCGUUGUUCAUGCUGCCUAAUAUAAUAACUCAGGUCGUAAAUGCAAACGUAUCUCUAAAACGUCUGGAGGAACUUCUCUUGGCUGAAGCGAGAAUUCUACUUCCUAACCCACCUCUUGAACCAGGAAUUCCAGCGAUCUCAAUCAGGAAUGGAUACUUUUCUUGGGAAUCGAAGGCAGAUAAGCCAACAUUGUCAAAUAUCAAUUUGGAUAUACCAAUUGGGAGUUUAGUAGCAGUUGUUGGCAGUACUGGAGAAGGAAAGACAUCUCUUGUAUCAGCAAUGCUUGGAGAGCUUCCUGCAGUUGCUGAUGCAAGUGUUGUUAUCAGAGGAACAGUUGCCUAUGUCCCACAAGUUUCAUGGAUUUUCAAUGCAACGGUCCGUGAGAACAUAUUGUUUGGAUCUGUGUUUGAAGCUGCAAGGUAUGACAAGGCAAUAGAUGUGACUUCAUUGCAGCAUGACCUUGAUUUGCUUUCUGGCGGUGACCUUACUGAGAUUGGUGAAAGAGGGGUUAAUAUUAGUGGAGGACAAAAGCAAAGAGUUUCCAUGGCUAGGGCUGUGUACUCCAAUUCAGAUGUUUACAUAUUUGAUGACCCUUUAAGUGCUCUAGAUGCGCAUGUGGGUCGACAGGUUUUUGAAAAAUGCAUCAAGGCAGAGCUAAGAGGAAAAACCAGAGUUUUAGUCACAAAUCAGCUGCAUUUUCUUUCACAAGUAGACAGAAUUAUACUGGUGAAUGAUGGCAUGGUGAAGGAGGAGGGGACUUUUGAAUACCUUUCUAAUCAUGGAGUGCUGUUCCAAAAACUAAUGGAAAAUGCCGGGAAAAUGGAAGAAUAUGUGGAAGAAAAUGAAGAUGUUGAAAGCAUUGCUAAUAAAACUUCCGAAUCUCUUCCUAAUGGCGACACCAAUGGGUUGCCUAAAGAUGCAAGUCACACUAAUAAAAGAAAAGAAGGCAAAUCUAUUCUUAUUAAGCAGGAAGAACGGGAAACAGGUGUUGUCAGUUGGAAUGUUUUGAUGAGGUAA